AUGGCGCAAAUUCGAGGUACCGCUGGGUACCAUCUCGGCAGCCAGAACAACUUCGGCGGCUCGUCAGGCAUGGGACGCUCAGAUGCGACCAACGACCCUUCACCGCUCGACGCGAUCCGGGAGCAGACGAGCAAGAUUGAGGACUGGCUGGACACCAUAUCAGACCCCGUCAAGCCAUACCUGCCGGCGAUUGGGAGAUUCUUGAUCGUGGUGACGUUCUUGGAGGACGCGUUACGGAUUAUGACACAGUGGACCGAUCAGCUGGUUUAUUUGCACGAUUAUAGGCAUAUCCCCGGAGGCAUCACCCACCUCUUCCUCAUCCUCAACGUAAUAGCCAUGACCGCCUCUUCCCUCCUCAUCAUCAUCCGCCGCUACAGCGAGUACGCCGUCAUGGGCCUCAUCGGCGUCGUCGUCACGCAAGCCCUCGGUUAUGGCCUCAUCUUCGACCUCAACUUCUUCCUGCGCAACCUCAGCGUCAUGGGCGGGCUCCUGAUGGUCCUGUCCGACAGCUGGGUGCGCAAGAAGUUCGCUCCGGCCGGGCUGCCGCAGUUGGACGAAAAGGAUCGCAAGAUGUACUUCCAGCUCGCUGGGCGUGUGUUGUUGAUCUUCCUGUUCAUUGGGUUUGUGUUUGCGGGAGACUGGAGCGUUGGGAGGAUAUUUGUGAUUGUGGUGGGAUUGGUGGCUUGUGUGAUGGUUGUGGUGGGCUUCAAGGCGAAGUGGAGUGCAAUUAUCUUGGUGAUGAUCCUGAGCAUUUUCAAUAUCUUGGUCAACAACUUCUGGACGCUACACCCACACCACCCACACAAGGACUUUGCGAAGUACGACUUCUUCCAGAUCCUCUCCAUCGUGGGUGGACUGUUGCUUCUGGUCAACAUGGGUCCAGGCCAGGUCAGCUUCGACGAGAAGAAGAAGGUGUACUAG